AUGUUGCCUUAUCAGCUUGUCUACGGCAAGGCCUGUCACCUGCUGGUAGAGCUAGAGCACAGAGCUUAUUGGGCAACAAAAUUUCUGAAUUUUGAUGCGAAGGCCACUGGAGAGAAACGACUCCUCCAAAUCAAUGAAGUUAAUGAGUUUUGGAUGGCGGCGUAUGUGAAUUCAAGGUUCUAUAAGGAGAAAACCAAGCUUUGGCAAGACAAGAGGAUUGCUUCAAGAAUUUUUGAACCUGGACAGCAGGUGCUCCUAUACAACUCUAAGCUGUUUCCAAGAAAGCUCAAGUCUAGAUGGUCUGGUCCCUUUACAAUUAACAAAGUCUCUCCCUAUGGUCAUGUAGAGAUUAUGGAAAGCAAUUCAGGGAGAACUUUCACUGUCAAUGGCCAGCAACCAAGCAUUAUCUUAGAGGUGAUAUAG